CAAUUGAGCAGGUUGCAAGUCUCCACCUUGUGACCUUCCUACGCCUAGCUAUGGCCUUACUAGCCCGUGAUCGGCGAGUGUCUCGCUCCGAGUACACCAGGGACUACUACCGCACCUCCUCCAGCAUCACCACGCCCACGCCCGCGUCCCAGGAGCACCCACACGCCCCCGCUGUCCCGCCCAGGAGGCCAGGUCAGGGCGGGAGUGACGCCUGGGUCCCGCCCCCGCCCAUCAACCCGGCAGUGUGGCGGGCCUCCCACUCCGCCAAGCUCCACGACUCCUACGCUGACGCCUCCCACGCUCAGAGGACCCGCGCCGAGAACAGACGGCUGUGUGAGGAGGCGGAGCGUCUGACGGCCAAGCACAGACAGGAGGUUGAGCGGCGCCUCACCGACCGGGUCUUCGACGUCAGCUUCUGGCGGGAAGAGCUGGGUGCCCGACACGCGGCCAUGGAGCAGGACGCCGCCGCUCUCACCACCCUCAGGGAGAGACUGAGCAAGGCCCAUCAGCUCUACCUGCAGCCGCUGGAAGUAGCGCACCAGUGCAUCCAGAUCAGGAGCGGACGUGUGGGGGUGGAGGAGGUGGAGGACGAGGCCUCGGCGGCGCUGCGGCAGGAGGUGCAAGAGCUGCUCAGAUGUCGCGACGUCCUCGCCAGAACCCUAGCAGACGCCGACCAUCAGUUCCGGCGGGUCCUCGCCUCCCGCUACCACUUGGAGAAGAACCUUCAGGAUAAGGACGCCGCCCUCCGCGUCGACGAGGCCACUACUAACCUCACGCCCACGGCGCCGCCUACAGCCAUCAUCCCCAGACAGGCCGUCGACCCCAGUCCAAUCUCGGUGGAGUGGUGGCGGGAGACCGGAGUGAAGCUGUUACACCGAGCCGACGACGAGCACCAACUCUCAGCCCAGAUCCUGGCGCUGGCGGAGGACAUCCUGGUGGCGACGUCUCGUCACCUUCGGGAGCGUCUGGAGCACACUGACCACUGCCUGCAGGCGCGCAUCCUUGACACCCGCCAUGCCAAGACCCUUCUGGAGGAGCAGCAUGCUAAGCUGGUGGAGGAAGAGAGGCAGCUGGAGCAGAGCCUGGUGGAGGUGGAGGACCAGCUGGAGGCCAAGCGUGGCCCCCUGGCCCUGGCCCAGACGCGCCUGCACACCCGCACUAGGAGGCCCAACAUGGAGAGGACCAGAGACGAGGUGGAGGCAGCCCUGCUGAGGGAGGUCCAGGAGCUAGAGCUCACCAUCUCCCGCCUGACCUCCGCCGCGGAGAUGUCACGUGACCACCUCCAGCGGCUGAGGUCAACUAAGGUCAGCCUCGAGCACGACAUCAACCUCAAGGCCAAGACGCUGCUCCUCGACGAAGUCAAGGUCGUGGCCCUCCGCAACACUGUCAAGAUUGACACCUACUAAGGCUUGACACCAUUAAGGCUUGACACCAUUAAGGCUUGACACCUACUAAGGCUUGACACCAUUAAGGCUUGACACCUACCAUCUGGAAAAAAUGGCUACGGCUACGAAAAAAUGGCUACGAAAAAAUGGCCUAGCCAAAAGCGUCACUGUUGCUGGGUUAUUAAUAUCUUUAAAGACUUGUGUCAGUGUCCUCCCAGAUGUCGUCAGGAGAGGACGUGCCACAAGGCGCUCCGCACAGGGGCCAGAAUUUAUUGAGCAUUUACUAAAUAAAAACAAUAUUAAAUUGUAUCUUGGACUAUCAACUAUAACCCUUAAAACUGUCACUGGACGAGAACUCUCCGAUGAAUUCGAAGAAAAGUAGAAUAGUGCAAACAGGAACUAGCAGAUCUCCUGUCUAUCACCAUGAAAUGUGUCAAACAGCUGUAUUGGGCAGGUAAGUAAGUUAGUAGCCUAAUAAAUGUUGUCACGACUUGAAUACGACUUGGUAUAGGUAUCUCUGGCCUUGUAUGGGGGGUGUAGAUGAAGUAGAGUGUAGAGUGUAUGUGGACAAAGACACGGACACACAUUGGAGACAUUGGAGCAUUUACAUCUUGGACGGUGACCAUUUAGAGGCGGGUCUAAGACGCACGCUGCAUGAAAUGGCAAACCAUCUUGUUACAAAUAUCUGAAAUCACUGUACUCGCAUUUCGCUUCUACUAGAUAAAUUACAUAUAUACAUGAGACGCUUAUAUUAUGAGUUCCCCCCUCUCUCCCCCCCCCCUACCCUCUCUACCCCCCAAGUUCCCCUACUGCCCUGCUCCCCUACCUUAAACUCAUCUUGCACCCUUACUAACCCAAAACACCCUUCCCCCCUGCUCCCCCAACCUCCACCACGUCCCUCUCCCUUCACCUACAACCCCCCCCCCAUGUUAUCAUCAGCUGUACAGUCAUGUUUUAUCGAUGAGAGAUUGUGUUAUCAGCGUCCAGAGAUACGUCUGCACUAGUGCCAGCUCCCCCCUCGUUACCGGACAUAUCAGUGCCAGCUUUCCCCUCGUUACCAGGCACUCCGGAACGAAGGGAUAUAUACACACUGAGAGGUGCCUCUCGCUUCUCGGCGCGUACACCGAGAAUUUA